AUGAAGUUCACUGCAAUUGCAGGGGCGUGCCUCUCUUUACUCUCGUCAGUGGCUGCCGAUGCCAACAUUACUGCGCCGUCGUCGUCCAAGGUCGCCCUGCCGUCCACUUUCAAGCCGCCGCAGGUCUUCAAGAACGCCAAUCUGGUGCAUGUCGUCUCGUUAGAGAAGAACUUCGCCAAGGAGUCCAUCAACGUCCUCAUCGAGAAUGUGUCGCCGGAACCUCAGGAUGAGUACUUCCUGCCUUUCACCAGCGAGCAAAUGGAGAAGGUGGGAGGUAUCGAGGUAAAGGACCGGAAGAGUGCCGAUGUUGUCGGCUUCACCGUAGAAGCAGUCGAGUUUGACCCAUUGAGUGACACUCAAUACUACCGAAUCCGACUGCCUGCACCCCUAUCUCCUAAGAGCCAGCAGACCCUGGGCAUCUCCUUCCACUACCUCAGGGCACUCUCGCCGCUUCCCGCUGCCAUUGAACAGGCCGACAAGCAGUACCUCCUCUAUGCUUUCUCGGCCUACUGCCCCUCGGCUUACCCUACGUUGAAGCAGAAGACCGAAGUCAAGCUUCCGUCCGCGGAUAUCCCAGACUACACUACGAUUGCUGGCAGUGGCGAUGUUAAGGAGUUCCCGGUCAAGCAAGGAUCGAAGCUCAUCUACGGUCCAUUCCCCGAGGUCCCAGCCGGCGCGGUAUCUGCCAUCAAAGUGCGAUUCGAGUCCACCAAGCCCGUCACUCACGUGUCCCACCUGGAGCGCGAUAUCGAGGUCAGCCACUGGGGCGGCAAUGUCGCGUUUGAGGAGCGUUACACUCUGUUCAACCACGGCGCAAACCUAUCUGCCCAGUUCAACCGAGUGAAAUGGGCCCAGUCUCAGUACUUCAACCCUCAGACAUACGCGUUGAAGGAGAUGAAGAUCCCCCUUCGAGUUGGAAGCAAGGACGCCUACUUUACCGAUGUUAUUGGUAACGUGUCGACCUCGCGCUUCCGCAGCAACAAGCGCGAGGCGGUGCUCGAGCUCAAGCCUCGUUACCCCGUUUUCGGGGGCUGGAAAUACCCCUUCACAAUCGGGUGGAACGCCGACACCAAGUUCUUCUUGAAGAAGUCGGCUAGCAACUACCUGUUGAACGUGCCUCUACUGGAGGGCCCUAAGCAGGCGGAGGGUGUCGAGUACGGGCAGGUUCAGGUUCGCGUCCUGCUACCUGAAGGCGCCGACAACGUCAAGUUCUAUACCACCGCUCCAGAAUCCUCCAUUACCGGACAUAGUGUGGAUCUGGAAAGAACCUACCUAGACACUGUUGGCCGGACCGUACUUACGAUCAAGGCGAGGAAUCUGGUAGACGACUUUCGUGACCGAGAGUUAAUCGUUUCUUACGACUACUCAACCAUGGCGGGGUUGCGCAAGCCGCUCAUCAUCUUCUCGAGCAUGAUAUCAAUAUUCGUGGGAAUCUGGGCAAUCUCGAAGGUGGAUUUGUAG